AUGGAGCUCUGGAACUUCACCUUGGGAAGUGAUUUCAUCUUGGUGGGGAUUCUGGAUGACAGUGGUUCUCCUGAACUACUCUGUGCCACAUUGACAGCCCUGUACAUUUUAGCUCUAAUAAGCAAUGGACUGCUGAUCAUGGUCAUCACAAUGGAUGCCCGUCUUCAAGUACCAAUGUACUUCCUGCUUGGGCAACUGUCUCUUAUGGAUCUCCUCUUCACCUCAGUUGUCACUCCAAAGGCUGUCAUAGACUUUCUGCUUGGGGACAACACCAUUUCCUUUGAGGGAUGUGCCCUCCAGAUGUUCUUGGCACUGACACUGGGUGGUGCAGAGGACCUUCUUCUGGCCUUCAUGGCCUAUGACAGGUAUGUGGCCAUUUGUCACCCUCUGAACUACAUGAUCUUCAUGAGGCCAAGCAUCUGCUGGCUUAUGGUGGCCACAUCAUGGAUCCUGGCAUCUCUCAUGGCCCUAGGAUAUACCGCCUACACUAUGCAGUAUCCCUAUUGCAAAUCACGGAUGAUAAGUCACUUGCUCUGUGAGAUCCCUCCCCUGCUGAAGCUGGCCUGUGCAGACACCUCCACAUAUGAACUCAUGGUUUAUGUGAUGGGUGUGACUUUCCUUAUUCCUCCUCUUGCUGUCAUCCUGGCCUCUUACUCACUAAUUCUGUUCACUGUGCUCCAUAUGCCCUCAAAUGAGGGCAGGAAGAAAGCUCUUAUCACUUGCUCUUCUCACCUGACUGUAGUUGGAAUGUUCUAUGGGGCUGCCACAGUCAUGUAUGUACUGCCCAGUUCCUUUCAUGGCCCCAGACAAGACAAUAUCAUUUCUGUGUUUUAUACAAUAGUUACCCCAGCCCUGAACCCACUCAUUUACAGCCUAAGGAAUAAAGAAGUUGUUGGGGCUUUAAUAAGGGUUCUGGGAAGAUAUAUUCUGCCAGCACACCCUACUCUCUAG